AUGGAUGGAAUUAUGGGAACGAUGAAGGAGAAGGAUGUUUCCAUGUCGAAUUGGGAAUCUUCUUUGCAAUUGUUCAUUUCUUCGCAACGGUUCUUGUCGCACGAUCUAACGGCAUCAAUUAUGACUAUCCCUAUCUUUAUGCAUAUCCCUACCACCAUAUCAUCAUCGACAUUCUCUUCUAGAAAAUAUACAUCUUCGACAUCUUCAUCAUCUACUUACAAAAAAUAUACACGUUCGACAUCUACUUUCAAAAAAUACACAACUUCAAAAUAUACACUUUUUUCUCCAAAUAAUAUAAUAAUAUUUCUCACCAUAUUCUUCUCCUUCCUCAUUCAAACAUGUUCGGCGGAGUUUUACAUUGAAGAACGAAUGAUUGAAGUGAGAGAAGAUAUCCCCGAAUUAUUCGCAUCGACUCUCGCUCGACUAGCUAGAUCUGGUACUAUUUUAGUUGAUCAUCAACCUGAUCCAUCACUCCCACGCGAUUCGGUACCUGAUUUUAAGACCUGGGAAAUUACUCAUCAUACAAGUAAUAGCUUGGGUUUAGGUAUUGACGAAGAGGAGGAAAAAUCCGCAAGAGAGAAUCACAAUUCAAUUCAAGAUCAAGACAAUCAAGGACCUCUAGAAAAUCAAGGCACAGAUCAAAUUCGGGAUCUAGUAUCAAGUACCGAAGAAUCCGACUUUGACUCUGAAUUCAACUCGGAUUUCAAUAUCGAAAAAAGAAACGUAGCAACAAUAACCUCUACAGCAACCAUCACUCCACCCCAAAUUACUGGUACAGCAACAGCAACAGUUACGGAUUCUUCCUCUUCAACACUGGCUUCUUCAAAUACAAGUAGUGGACAAUUGUCCGCUGCGACUGCGACUACGAAUUUACCUACUCCGUUUGAUAGUGGGUUUACCAGUAAUGUUACUUCAACAUGUUCGAGUUUUAUGAUGAACUUCUUGGCGGAUGAUAGCUUUAAAGCUUGUCUACCUUUUUCGUUGUUAUUGCAGAACUCCAAUUCCUUCUUCCAAGCCUCCAAAUCCAUCGUCCGUAUAACCCAAACCCUCGAUGCCUCAUGUUCCGCAAACUCCCAAUCAUGCUCCAACCUAAUGAACUCCAUCGCCUCAAACAUCACCUCCCCAAACGCUUGCUCUACAGAUCUCACUGCCGCCAAUCCCCUCGUAACCCAAGCUCGUCUUGGUCUCCUCGCCUACUCAACCCUAUACACAGCAUCCUGUCUCAAAGAUCCCACCAACGGCGCAUACUGCUACGCACAAGCCGUAACCAAUACCUCAUCUCCCACCGAUUCCUACAUCUACUAUCUACCCGUCAAUGUAUCCCUACCAGGCGGAAGCCAACCAACAUGUAACUCCUGUUUAAAAGAUACCAUGGCGAUUUUUGAACAAGCCGGUGCAGUGAGAUCGAGUGCUAUUGCGGGGACUUAUGAACAAGCCGCUGGUAUGAUUAAUGUACAAUGUGGACCGGGAUUUGUAAAUGCGAGUUUACCUGCUGCGGCGUUGUUUUUCUUACGUGGUGAUUAA